UUUCAGCUGAUGAUGGUAAGCGUGAUUACCACACAUGGUGAAGUAAAUUAUAAAUUCGAAAAUAAAAUGACCAAGCAGGAGGACAAAACUAGGUAGCGUUGUGACAUAACUGUUAAUCAUUCUAUAAGGCAGCAAACAAAUCAUAGUCUCGUAAGUUCCCUCUGAACCCUUUGUAUGAUCUUUUUUUUUCUUUCUUUCUUUCUUUAAGCAUAUCCAGAUUACACUACACUCGUCUUCCGACGUCAGAAAGAUAGACUUACCGUGUACAGGAGAAACUCACUGGACAAGGAGAUAGUUUUAAACGCAAGCAUUGAAACGCUGACUGUUCUGAACUGUGGCAUGGCCCAUCAACAUUGCUUUCGACUGUCCUGGGAGUUGCUACAGCUUUGAAAACGCGUCUGUGCCCAUGUCUCUCGAAAAAGGAUCCCCAAGAACCCUCUCGAUCUAUGGGAGGUUAAAACCAUCAGCAGACAACAAGAUUCUAAAACUAGAAGCCAGGGGAGAAAACGACGAAAGUGUCCCAUUUGAGCUGGAGGAGCAGAACUCUAAGUUGACUAGUGAUGACUGGUCCUUAUUGACUUUUACAGCUAAUGUGGUUCGCACGAAUACGUCUGAACCUUAUAAUCUGACAUUGACCGUAGACUCUGAUUGGAAGAUAAAUGGGUACAAGACACUUAAAUUACCAACCACAAAUCUGUAUCUAGACUUCAGCGGAACAGCCAACGUCAUGUGGGCAUUAACUUGCCAACCUGGCCGAGAGGCUUCAGUGCCCGAGAAUGAUUGUUCAGUGUAUCGACAAUUAUGUAUUGUACCCCUGUUCGCUCUCGCGAUUUUAGCCACCGCCCUGUUCGUGACGGCCUAUCUCCUUUAUAAGCAUUGGGAUCAUCGGGAAGCAGUGACGUCACCAUCGCCAGGUACUGCAGUUCCCGAGACCCACGAUUAUGAUUACGUUGACCUAACGGCGGUCAGCCAACUAGCUGAGGGAGGGCGAUUCCGGGCAAGAAAUGGCUUGGAGAGGCAACCUACUACCAGGUCUCCAGUGGCGACUAUCAACUCUAGUGCCUUUGAUCAUGAUGGAGCAGAGUUCCAAGUGAAAGCAGGAGAUGCGACCCGUCAAAAGCUCUUGACGAGUGAGGACAUCCGCCUUGUGGUAGAAACUGACAUUCUUUUAAUCACGCUCCUUUCGGCCGAGGGGCGUCGAAUUGCCAGGUGGUCCGUCGAGCACAUUCGUCGCUUCAGUUACAGCGACAAGGAAUUCAGAUUCGAGGCAGGAAGAAAGAGCGUCCAUGGCACGGGUCUUUUCAACUUCAUCACCACUCAAGGAGGACAAAUUCACAACCUCUUGCAAAAGCAUGUGCAACUGCUCUCGGACCGAGGGGCAACAACAGGGCGUGAAGCCCACUGUCACCCAACCUCUGGACAAACACCAGCUGACGACAACGAUGGCUAUGAAAUUCCGAUUCCGCCGACACUUGCUGGCAACAACGAUGGCUAUGAGAUUCCGCUGACAUUUUCUGGCAACGAUGAUGGCUAUGAAAUUCCAAUGACACCAGAGGAACACAUUUACGAAGUCAUUCCUGACAUCCCAUAACAACAGGGCGUGAAAAGGCGGUUAUAAUAUGAUUUCGACAACUGUGACUGCAGAGGAUGUUACCAUUCAAGAAACAAACGAAGCCCAAGAGAGAGGAUUCCACUGCUCCAAAAGUGACAACACGCAAACUGAAACCAGUUAUCACAGCAUUUUUGAAUCAUAACGUUUGGAAUGAGGAAAAGAUAACAUGAAUAAGAUGUCUUAACUGAUACGAAGCCCCCAUGAACCCUUAUUUUUCAGUGGCUUACAAAGCAUGGAAACUAACAACAACAAUAACAGGGAAUGGGAGAGAUCGUCAACAGUGUCAAUGAAAAUUAGAAUGAAUUUCUCUCUGCAAUAUACAAGGUCAUGGAAAAUAUUGAGUGACCUUUGGUCUUCUACGUGGAGAAUUUGGCCAUUUUCUGGUCUGCAGGACUGAGUAGCAAAAUGGAAAAGUCUGUGAAUUGAGCUAAAUGGAAUUUAAGGCCGAAUUUGAAAUUCAAUCAUUUUCCAAUGUCAUAUUUAGUCAAAAAGGAACGUAUUGAUUGGAUUACAGUAGGAUUUAAAAUGAAAGGAAAAACGUCAAUGAUUGCUUAGUCUCAGAUUUUAAGUUAAAAAAAAUAACUGAUUGUCAUUAGCAUAGUCAAAACUAAAUGCUGCAGAUAUAAGCAAUGAUUGAUGAUAAAACAAAUUAACAGCAACAUUUCAUUAGUAGUAUGAGCAACGUUAUACAAUCAGUAGGGUCUAAAUGACAAAUAUAAUGUUUAGUGUUAAAGGCUUGAAUGACAAUGUCAGUCAUUUUCAACCAUAGUAUUGAAGGGCUAUAGGAAACGACAAUCAUUUUAUAUCUGUAGGAAGGUCAAAAUGAAAUGUCAUCGUGUCACACAAAUAUUAAUGUGAAAAUAAUCAAGUAAUUAGAUCCAAAUAAAUCUUGGGGUUAAAAUGACCUCAUACUGAUAGUAUUGAAAGUCCAAUUUAAAGGUCCUAAUGAAUUACUGGUAUUUUUAAGGUCUAUGUGAAAAUGUUAAGUGAUUUCAUACCAAUAUUCAAGAAUACAGUGAAAAUAUCAUGCGAUUACAUACCACUGAUGUUUGAAGUCAGAGUAAACUUGACAAAUGAUUCCAUACCAGUAGUAUUUGAAGUCAAAGUAAAAGUUAAGCGAUUUUAUAACGGUGGUAUUUAAGGUCAAAGGACAACAUUAAGUGAUUUCAUACCAGUAUUAUUUAAGGUCAAAAGAAAAAAAAGUCAUGUGAUCUCAUGCCAGUAGUAUUUAAGGUUUAAGUAAAAAUGUCGAAUGCUUUCAUACCAGUAUUACUUAAGGUAAAAGGAAAAUGUCAUGUGAUAUCAUGCCACUAGUAUUUAAGGUCAAAAGAAAAAGUUAUUUCAUACCAGUAGUAUUUAAGGUGAAAGUCUUAGUGAUUUUAUACCGGUGGUAUUUAAGGUCUAAGAGUGUAUGAAAAGUGAUUUCAUACCAGUAUUAUUUAAGCUCAAAGGCAAAAGAUUCAAGUGAAGUCAUUUGGUAUUUAAGGUCAAAGCGCAAAUGAAAUAAUUUCAUGUCAGGAAUAGUUAAUUUAAGAAAGAAUGUUAACUGAUUUCAAACCAGUAGUAUAUAAAGUCAAAAUAAAUCAAGUGAUUCCACAACAGUGCUAUUGAAGGACAAAGUGUUAAUGAAAAGGGAUUUCACAUCAGUAGUAUAUAAGGUCACACUAAGGAUGUCAAUUGAUUUUAUACCAAUAUAUUGAAGGUCAAAAAGCAAAUAUCAAGUAAUUUUAUACCAUUAGUAUUUAGGGUAAAUGUGAAAAUGUAGUGAAUUCACACCACUAGGAUUUAGCUAAGGUCCAAGUGAAAAUGCAAUAUUUGAAGGUUUUUUUAUGAAAAAUACAAUAAAAAUGCAGUUUACACUGUUUUCAAUACACCUUAAGCAUUAAAAGUUGGGUUUUCUUAGGAUUUUCGACGAUGUUCCGGUUUACGACGCGUCUCAAGAA